AUGGCUAAUCCGUUCGCUUUCAGACCAGCGCAGGUCACUUUUUGGGUCAUCAUAUACUUCCUGCUAUUGGUUCCGCUCAUUUAUUUACAUGACUCUGUGCCUGAUGCACCGAGCCUUUCACCUGCGCCUGGCAUCAAUCUCACUCAGGCUUGGUCGGAUUUGAUGGUAUUGACCAACGACUUUCACCCUUUCAACAGCCAUGAGAAUGAUGCCGUUCGUGACUGGCUCCUGGAUAGACUGAAAGAUAUCCAACGACAGAAUGAUGCCGGGAUUUCUAUGGUGAUCUUUGACGACAAUGUCAGCAAUGUCACCGUGGUGGACUCGUCCAACCAAGGUUCAGCCCCAGUACUGAUCGGGUCGCGAUCCAAGGCCCAAAAUAUCGGCACAUACUACGAAGGGAACAAUAUUGUGGUAUACAUACCUGGAAAAGAUGAUCCACAGGGGCUCUGGAAAGAGCAUGGCGAUCAAUCUCGAGAGACAAGCAACUCCACCGCAAACGCUGGAGUGCUGAUCAGCGCUCAUUUCGACACUUCCCCAACCUCUGUAGGAGCAGCUGAUGAUGGCGUCGGGCUAAUCUCCAUCUUGCAAAUGGUCAGCUACUUUGCCCUACCAAAGAACCAACCACGGAACGGCAUCGUCGCUCUCCUCAACAACAAUAAAGAAGGUGGACUUUGGGGCGCCAGAGCUUUCCAAAAACAUCCGCUCAAGUCUUUCUGUCGCACGUUUUUGAAUCUUGAUGCCGUAGGUAUCGGUGGCAAAGCAGUCCUUUUGCGGGCAACAAGUCUCGGAGCAGCAAAUGCCUAUAAAAGUGUCCCGAGUCCUUUUGGCACUGUCUUGUCCUCGGAGGCCUAUGACUUGGGUCUUGUCGAGGGUCAUACAGACUACAACAUCUUUGCUACAGAACUGGGAAUGCAGGGUCUCGAUCUGGGGUUCUAUGGUUCGCAAUCUAGGUACCACACGAAAGAGGACGAUGUCCAGCACAUCUCAGUGGAUAGCAUUUAG